AUGGAGUCCAUGCAACGCCUUGCGGUGACUUCAUAUGCGCCAACUGCACCGUCCAACGAAACUAAAGGAGGGGGAGGAAUGGCCAUGGCAUCAGUCUUCUCCACCAACAUCCGUGUUACGCUGUUCUUUACAGCAUGGACCACAACCACGGUAGCAGCAUAUGCUGCAACUGUGGCGUUUCUCUUCCUCCUGACUCUUUUCAACCGUUUCCUGGCAGCACUAAGAGCCCAAAUAGAGCGAGCCUGGUCCGAGCAAGUCCAGAGUAGGAAUACACUAUCUGCUCCGCCCACCGGCCGUAACCGUCGCGCGCUCUUCAAGGCCAAAGCAACCCCGAUACCCACUUACAUGCUGAGGCAAAAUAAUCCUGAACGGGACCCGUUGACGAAUGAAGAGGACGGUGAUGACUGGCUCAUUUCUCAGGAACAGUCCGAUAAGAACAUGUCAAUCCGCAAGAUAUAUGGGCAUUGGCAGCCAAGUGGGCCCUGGAGUCUUGAAAAGGACGGUAUUAGGGCGUUUAUGGAGUUUUCAAGAGCUUUGAUUGGAUAUCUCCUAAUGCUAGCAGUCAUGACCUUUAACAUUGGAAUUUUUUUGGCUGUUCUUGCGGGAAUCUUGGUUGGAGAGCUGGUCUUUGGUCGGUAUACGGGGGGUUCUGGGGGAUGGCAAGAAGGUGCUUGCCAUGAUGAAUAA